ACUUGGGGUAAUGAGUAGGAUUCUGUGUUUUCAGAUGCAACAGAGAUUGCUUUUGAUAAAAACGCUUUAUCUGCCUCCCCAAUGAAAACUAGUUUGAAAAUAUAUGUUUCUAAAUUAUGCACUAUACUGCCUCGUUAACAUGUUCGAGCAGCGCAUAUUACGGUUCGAUUUGAGAAAGGCGCUCCUCACUGACCGCUUUUGCUCGUUCACGGUGCACGGCGGCUCAGGUUAAUAGAACUCCCUCAAUCUGCCGUCUAGCUCCGCCUUUUCCCUGACGUUAGAGAUCAUCUUCCAAUCAUAACUAGCUAGGUCACUCCGAAAACUAUUGUUUUUACGUCUAUGCCUGUUUUCUUUGUCUUUGCAAGCCAGUCGGCAAACAGACGUUGAUUCCUGGACACACUACAAUAACUGUCCGAGAAUCAGAAUGAGUCUGAAUUUGGGGUCGGCUGAUGGUGUCCUCACGCUGGUGUCUAUUGGAUGGAACACUGAUGGAAACUUCAGCGCUGUGUGCCCAAAUGGGUCAAUAUGGGUUUGGGAAGGGCUGCGGGAAUGUGCCCAGGACGCCAGGGACAUGGCCAGUGUAAUCCUGGGUCUGCUGUCAAUAAUGUGCUUCAUGGUCUCUUCUCUGCCGCAGUACUACAACUCUUGUAAGAGUGGGAAUAUGGACAGUGCCUUGUCCAUUUGGUUUCUGCUGCUGUGGCUGGGGGGUGACUCCUGCAAUCUUGUAGGCUCAUUCUUAGCUGACCAACUUCCGCUACAGAUGUACACAGCAGUGUAUUAUGUCCUGGCUGACAUAUUUAUGCUGGGAAUGUACUUUUACUAUGUGGCUAAGAACAGGAUGAAUAACAGCAGGUUGGUCUUAAAUGUGGUGGGUGUGGUCUAUGUCCUGGGCUUCUCUGCCAGCCUCAUGGCCUUACCUGCGUCCCAACAGGAUGUGGUCCCCUCUGGGUUUAAAGGGCGGGCCUUGCUGUCAACCACUGUGGAUGGUAUUAAGGCUUUCAGCACCAAGGAGAUCAUUGGGUAUAUCAUUGGCUCCAUAUCCUCAGUGCUCUACCUCUGCUCCAGAAUGCCACAGAUGCACAUUAAUUAUACAAGAAAGUCGACGGAGGGUGUGUCCUACUUUCUGUUUGCCCUGGUCAUCCUGGGUAACACCAUGUACGGCCUGAGUGUGCUGCUGAAGAACCCUGAGCAGGGCCAGGGAGAGGGAAGCUACAUCAUCCACCACCUGCCCUGGCUCGUCGGCAGCCUGGGCACCCUCUCUCUAGACCUGCUGAUCUCCAUACAGUUCUUGAUAUACCGCAAUAAUGCCCCUCUAGAGUUGGAAUCGCAGCACGGCGAGAGAGCUGCUCUGCUGGACAAAUGAAACUAUUCCCUGGGUGCUGGAUCUAGCAAUACAGACAGACACUUAUCCCCACCAAAUGGACUCUCAAUUCACAUUCCUUAACAGUUUUGGCAAACACAGGAUAUCCCUUUCUUUUAGAUUUUAUAGUUGUAUUUGUUAUAUAUACGAUCUGUUUUUUGUCAUUUUUAAUGUUUCGAGAGACUCCACAUUGUUCAUUGGGGUGCAGCUGUAGUUUACUGUUCUUAAUGGCUCUUAAUCUUUUAGUGACAUGCCGUUCCACCGUUACUCAAUAAACACUUGUAGUUUGCUUCAAACCUGUUCUGACAAUCAUGAUGCUACUUGUCACUGCAUGGAACCCUCUUCUGGUUGUAUUGGAAAAGUCUUGUUGUAUUUCAGAAGUGAUGAUUUAACUAGAAAUAUUUUUUGCAGUUCACUUCACCUGUCUUCUGAGUACACAAAGACAUGGAAAUCUUAGUGUCUUAAUAUGUUCAUGUGGAUUUAUUGUAACUAAAGUGUUAAUGUCUGAAGUACUGUACUUUUUAAUUAUAUUUGAUCAUUUACAUCAAUUGCCUAAGGUGUAUUCCAGCGAAUUUAUUUUAAUUUUAUUUUUUUUAAGUGAUUGCAUAAGUAUUUGUACAUGGGAUAAGUAAUGAGUUACUUAGACUACCUAUUGAGAUGUGCCUUUUGGUGAGAUUACCGUGUGCUAAAUGAGGUGAAAAGGAGACUGGAUUACAUUUUCCAUGUGCCCUUUUUAAAAAUAUAUAUUAUUACUUUGGUAUGGUUUCAGAUCUGGAGACUUGACCUGUUUGUUCAGUGUAAGCAUAUCAUGAUGCUCACUAAAGAUUUUUGGUGAUGGAAUGGUCCUGUUUUUCUUUUUUUCCUUUUCUUGAUCUGUUCCCUAAACACAUGGUGAUACAUCACCAUCGACUGAUGCAUAGCAAGGAUUUGGGUGAUUUAAGAUUUUAUCACAUUGAUAGUGUCUCAUUCCCAAUAUACUGCUACAUUUUAGAAGAAAUGAUUUGCUGGGAUGUGUGUUUUUUCAUUUUCAUAAAUGUUUGUUUAUUUCUCACCCACACACUCAAUGGGUUGCAUAAUAAAUCAAGUUUUUAAAUGAAACUGAAAAUGGUUAUGGAACUCUGAUCGUUUGCUCGAUAUGCUGAGAAAGUGAUGUCAUUUGCUGCCUUCCAUAUCCUAUACUGUUUUUGACUGGAUUUAAAGAUUAUAUAAUCCAAUUCAUUAAACAUGAGAAUUUCA